AUGGCAUAUAAAUACGACAGAACCAACAACCAGGAAUAUGACAAGACACCCGCAUACAAACAUGCUGCCCAGUGUUUAGCCACGUGGCUGUUUCUGACCGCGUUAUCCUCUCUGCAAUGUCGAGUAGCCAUGGGGACCCCUCUGAGAGGUCCAGAUGAACUGGAUACGGAGAAAUGCGUGUCAUUCUCUAGGAAACUACUCUCGAAAGUGACAGAGGUGCUCGGACGCGACGAACUGUUCAAAGGGUUCAACUGCUCGGAGCAAAGUAUACUGUUGGACAGAAAUGAGACUGUGGCGGCUUGCGAACCAAAUGCCAGCCAGAAUGGUAGAUGCUCUGGUCAUCAGAACACCGGGUUUAACCAGAAUGAAUGCCUACGGAACAUCAAAGAGGAUUUGGAGUACUAUAGAGCAACACUGCUGUCUUACCAAAAGGCUGAGUUGAGCUCCACUGUGGUGAAGGCCAUUCAGGAGCUCCUGGAGCAUUGUGCCUUCACCUCUCAACCAUGGACAUCCUCUACAUCAGUGGUCCCCAGCGUUCACAAACCCACGGAUAAUCCGUUCAACCAGCGACGCCAGCUGUGUGAGCGUCUGAAGGGCUUCCAAGUUCGCACCAUCACCAUAAAUCGGGUCAUGAGCUACCUCGCUGCUGAAGAGCGCAAGAUCUGAGUCCUCCCCAUCAUCCGCCACCCAUUCAUCGUCACCAUCAUCUUCCUCAGCCAAGGUUCUGUCUACACCCCGUGAAGCAGACAGAAGUACAGUAUGCUUGUGCACGAACAUAUGCACUACGAUCAAUCCAGCAACACUUUCAAAUCAAGAUCUCUUCCUCUACACCUUAUUGUAAUUCAGUACUGUCUUACACCUGAAUAAUAUUUAGAUAAUAUUCACAAUAUU